UCGCCGACUCGUCGCGUUUCUCUCUGCGGGCUUCGGGCAGCACAAAGCCGGAGGGAUGCAGUCAGCGGCCGCGUACGGCGCCGCCAAGGCCGGGAGCGUGGCCUUCGAUCCGGUCGCCUUCUUCACGCAUCCCCGCACCGUCCUCAGACUGCUGUCGUGGGUUUUCUCCAUCGUGGUGUUCAGCUGCAUCGUUAACGAGGGCUACAUCAACAUCGGCAGCGAGCGGCUGCUCUGCAUCUUCAACAAAAACGCCGACGCCUGCAACUACGGCAUCACCGUGGGCGUCACCUGCUUCCUCGGCAGCAUCUGUUUCCUCAUCCUGGACAUUUACUUUCCCACCAUGAGCAACGUCAGGGACAGAAGACGUGCCGUCCUGGUGGACCUCGUCUUCUCCGGUGUUUCCAGCUUCCUGUGGUUCGUGGGCUUCUGUUUUCUGGCCAAUCAGUGGCAAGCGACGUCCCCAGACGAGCUGCCAUUGGCCCAAGGCUCCGACGCCGCCAGAGCCACCAUCGCUUUCUGCUUCUUCUCCAUCCUCACCUGGGCCGUGUUAACACUGAGUGCGCUCCGUCGCUUCCUCACCGGGAGCAACACUAACCUGUUCACCUGGCAGCACCUGGAGCCCGCCCCCUGCAACGCCAGAGCGACCCCGUACCCCAUCGCCAACGGCGCCACCAUCGUGACCACCAACCCCUACCAGGCGCCGCCUUUCACCGAGACCCUGGACCCCCAGAAACUCACACAGCAGAGGCCCAUGGCUCCGGCCUUCUAGAGACAGA